CUCCUGUUCCGAAGUUGCCCGAGUCCGCCGCUCCACUCCUCCGUGAUUCCAUCCAUCGGUCUGACCCGCUAGGUGCUAGUGCCGGCAGCCCGCCACUCCUCCGCUCGCCCGGGUCCUGACGCUCUCAUCCACUGCAGUCGCCGGCACCGCUUGCAGCCGCAGCCGCCGGAAGCUUGUUGUAGCUCGCUAGCUAAACGGUCAGAGCCGAGCUGGCUCCGUACCCACGCAGCCACGCUUACUCCGAUCCUCCAAAAUCGCGGCGCCACUAAUCUAAAGCCCUAAACCCAUGACGCAGCCGCCGCACCACCUCCCUCUCCAUCGCCAGUACCCCAGCCUCGCCUCCGUCGCCUAUGGGGCGACAGCCUAAGCCGCCCGCGUCCCCAUCCCCACCGCCGUGCCCGCCCUCGGACUCGGACCCGGACCCAGGCAGCGGCUUCGACCCCAUCGAGGAGUGGCUCGUGGACUUCGACCCGGCCAUGUCGAGCGAGCUAGAGGCAAAGGGCCCCGAACUCGCUGAGCAAGCGGCGGCGGUUCCGCUUACGCUGGAGACGGCGGCGCAAAAGAGCUUCGAGCUCGAGUUUGGUGUGAAGGACCAGAAGGUCGAGGUGGUGAGCAGCGAAUUGGACGGGCUGCUUGCCCCGGAUCAGCUUCUGGUGUCUGGGAUCGGCGAUUUGGCCGUGAGAGAGGAUAUUCCAGAGGAAGCGGUUGCUAUGAAGAUGGCUGCCACACCGCCUGCAGCUGCUGAUACUGAUAUGAAUACCACUGUAUCCGUUGAAGUGGAAUCGGAAGGUGGCAAAGAAGGGCAGGAGGCACCGGCCGCACCUGCUGAUGCUGAGAUGAUGAAUACCAUGGUGUCCGUGGAAGUGGAAGCUCAAGGUGGCAAGGAAGGGCAGGAGAGCAGCGAUGAAGAGUCGGAAUCAGAGAGUAGCGAGGAUGAUGACGAGCUGUCAUCCAGCGAGGAUUCCUCAAGCAGCGAGGACGAGAAAGAGCAGGGGGUCAACAAGGAUGAGGAAUCAAGUGAAGCCUCAAGCAGCGAAGAGGAAGGGCUGGAAGUUAGGAGGCAUGGUGGUAAGGCUGAUAACCUGCAGAGCCUCCUCGAGGAAGGCGAGUUGAUGAUGGGGAGCGAUGUGGAGAAUGAGGAACAAAAGGGAGGCACCAAGUCCAAAUAUGAAGCAGAGGUUCUUCCACCAGUCCCAAAAAUUGAAAUACAGUUGGAACCACAUCAUCAGACUCUUCCAGUAGGGACUAUUUCAGCUAUAAUGGGUGAAAGAGUAAUUGUUGAAGGUUCAGUCCAACACAACCCCCUGAAUGAGGGUUCAAUUCUCUGGAUAACAGAAAGUAGGAUGCCGCUUGGUAUAGUUGAUGAGUUGUUUGGACCUGUUAAGAACCCGUACUACCUUGUGCGGUACAACUCUGAGGAAGAGGUACCUGCUGGGAUCAGUGCAGGAACCGAUGUCUGUUUUGUAGCGGAGUUUGCAGACCACAUCCUGAAUAUGAAGGAGCUCUAUGCAAAAGGCUAUGAUGAAUCUGAUUCUGUAGACAAAGAUGCAGAAGAUUUACCUGAUUUCUCUGAUGAUGAAAAGGAGGCUGAGUACAAACGGUCAUUACGUCAAGCAAAAAGGCAGACUGAUAGACAGCACGAGCCUAUGAAGACUUCUUGUUACAUGAAGGGAUCACAGCCUAGAGGUAGCGGAAUACGGAAGCCCAUGCCGCCAAGGAACCUGGAUACAUCAACACGAGGUCACCAGCCACAACCUCAUUUUCGCCGCUCAGAUAUGGCUCCUGCAGGUACUGAAAAUACAGCACGUUCAUUGGGUCCUCAAAAUGCACCUAUGAUUGCUCCAACAAUGUUGCAGCCUGGCCCAAUGAACCCUGCUGUGCCACCACCUGUUCCUCUUGCAAAUCAGAUGGGUGGCUGCUUCAUGAACCUGGCACAGCAGCAGCUCUUACCGCAGCAGCCUAAUAUGGUUUGGCCUGGUGGAUUUCCACAGCCUCCUCUUCCCAACAUGGGGGUAGAUGGAGCUGCACUCGCCGCCAACAUCAUGCAGAACCUCCUCGCAGGAGCCAGCCAAUUCCAGCAUCAGUUUCAGAACCUGAACUUCAGUGGCGCAGGAGCCAACCAGUUCCCGCAGCAGUUUCAGAACCAGAACUUCAGUGGCGGCACAGGAGCCAACCAGUUCCCGCAGCAGUUUCAGAACCAGAACUUGAGUGGCCCAGGGACCAACCAAUUCCAGCAGCAGUUUCCGAACCAGAACUUCAGUGGCUUCCCAAACCAAAUGCCCAUGCCCUUUCUUCAGACCAUGCACCAGACCGGAAUGCCUGCAAAUCCAAUGCCGUUCGGUGGCAGACCACCAGCGAACCCUCCAUCUGGUCCAGCGUCUAUUGCCCCUAUGGGGCAAGGCAACUUUGGUCAGCCUCCAAAUCCACAAGGAUUUACGAUUCCGGCGCCACCCGGUGAAGAUGGGAAACAAGGCUCGCCUCCGCAGUUCAGUUCCAGGCAGUUUCAUCAAGGGAGCUCGUCAUCCUUUGGCCGGGGAAGGACGCAGCACCGCGGUGGCCGGCAUUCCUAUGGCAGAGGUGGCAGAGGCGGCCGGCACCCCAGAUAGGUAUCUGGAGCGUUGCCCCCGGUGUAGAUUCAGUAUGAGUGUUCCAGUCAUAAUCGAGACACUAAAGAUUAUGUAAUACCAGAAGUAUGUUUCUUGUAAUGUUGCUUGCUGAGUGGAUUGGACAUCCCGUCGAAUGACAGCGUGUUGUAAUACACUUCCUGCGCCCAGUAUGCGUAUCUCUGGCUCCAUGUCACCAUGAUCUAGUGGAAAGAGGAUAAUUUUUCUUCUCAUGCAAAGGAAAUUGGAGUGC